UGUCACAGUGACAUCCGGCUGUCAUGAGACAUGGAUUGAUAUCGGUAAGCUUUUUGUUUGUUGCGCAAUUUAACAUAAGCCAAAACCAAUAAAAAACACAAGAACUUCAACUGACUAAAAUCGCAAAAUUAAAUUCACAAUGACCAACAUCCCCUUCAUGGACAAGCUACGAUCAUUUCUAGGCAUCGGCCAGGCGCCACCGAGAAAUGAUUUUCGAAACCCGAUUUGGGGAGACGACGACGACGACGAUGGUGACGAGCUUUACACGCGCACGUACCUAGACGAACACCGCGAAGAUUUCAACGUGCUCACCGACCCGCGCGACAUGCACCGCGACAUCGCUCGACAGAUGCACGACAUGUUUCAGGCGUUUGGCUCUAUCUUCGGAGACAUGAGGACGUUUGUGCAAGACUUUGAGAGUGGCCAUACUGAAUCGUUCACGAACACGCCGGCUAUCCUGCCUCCUUCAGAGCCAGGUCAAUUCGACAGCAAGAAUAUCAGAGACUAUUACCUGAAACCAGGCUACCACAACAAUAGACAUCAACAUGAUAAGGAAGAUAUUGAUUUGGAUGGUAAGAUCUCUUCACAAGACAUAGCGGGGUUGUUAAAACAGAAAGAUGAUGACAGUAAGCCCCCCGCAACUCACUUCAACAGUGACCUUGUGCCGGGAAGGUCAUUCUGCCGAACCAUAAUUACAACAAGCAUUACUAAAUCAGAUGGUUCAAGGGAGACAAAACGAAUUGUCAAGGAUGGCAAUGGGGUUGUUGAGGAAACUAUUACGACUACAGAACCUGACCCGAGGGGACUUACUUCGGCGAUGGACUCAUUUUCUCCUGCCAACUACAGCAGUGUCUUUUCAGAAUUUGGCUCUAUCUUUAGAAACUUUUACUAGUACUUGCUAAUGUUAUUAUAUAUAGUAAAAUUCCGUAAGUAUUAGCAUUAUAAAAGUUGAUUGUAAGAACCACCAAAGGUUUACUACCUUGCAUAUUUAUUUUUAUUUGCCUAAUCUAAUAUGAUGAGGUCUAAUCUAAUGUCUGAUUUGAUACUAAUGAGGUGAAAAACAAUCUAAUUCAACUAUUUAGGUAAUCCAAUAGAAUCAAUAAUUGAAUAUUCCAAAAUGAAAUGAUCAUAUUACAAAUUUUAAACAAAUGAUUACUAUGUGAAGCUUGUUAUCUUUAAUUUCUAGGACUGAUUAUCUUAGUGGGGGAUUUAUAUUAUUGAUAGUAUCAAUACAAACUUACUUCUUCUUAGUUUUUAAAAUAAAUUUAAAGUUUAGUGCUAAUAAUUAAGAUUUGUGUGACUAGGGUUAUAGUUUCAAUAAAUUAUGGGACAAACAAAA